AUGACCACUAAAGCCAUUUUUUCACCCAUUCAAGUUGGUAAACAUCAACUUCAACAUCGUAUUGUGCUUGCUCCUCUGACACGUUUGCGAGCCACAUUGGAGGCUGUACCUACCGAUCUCCAAACAGAAUACUAUGAACAACGUGCUAGUCCUGGUGGUCUUCUUAUUGCUGAAGCCACAUUUAUUAGUCAUUAUGCCUGGAAAAAAGUGACCUCUGCCGUACAUGCCAAAAAAGGUGUAAUUUUCUUGCAAAUUGCACAUUUAGGUAGGGCCGGUUCUAAGCAAUUUCAUCCCAACGGCAAACAAGUAGGGUCUUCGUCUGAUGUCGUUAUUCCCGGUGAAAACUAUAUGGGUCCUCCUUUUGAGACGCCUAAGCCUUUCACGGUAAAAGAAAUUCAAUCAACCAUCCAAGACUAUCGUCAAGCAGCUUUAAAUGCCAUCGAAGCUGGUUUUGAUGGUGUGGAAGUUCAUGCAGCUAACGGUGUGUUAAUUGAUCAAUUCAUCGAUAGUAGUGUCAAUACACGUGCAGAUGAAUACGGUGGUUCUAUUCAGAACCGUGCUCGCUUUGCUCUUGAAGUGCUCUCAUCCAUUGUGGAAACCAUAGGCCCUAACCGUGUUGCUAUUCGCUUCUCUCCUGAUGGCAAAAUGCAUGGCAUGGGUGACGCCACCCCAAUCGAAACUUGGUCUUAUUUAACGACGCAAAUCCAAAAUCUUUUCCCGGAACUUGCCUACCUUCACUUUAUCGAAGCGCGUGGAGAUGUCUACGGUGAAACUUCUAACGUGCAUGAUUCCUUAACACCCUAUCGCUCUCUCUGGAAGGGUCCUUUCAUUACGUCUGGCGGAUUUUCUAACUCGCUUGAACAAGCAUUUCAAAUAGCUGAACAAACUGGUAAUUUAAUCUCAUUUGGUCGUAUUUUUAUUGCCAACCCGGAUCUUCCUCAGCGCCUCUUAAACGGUGUACCCUUGACACCUUACGAUCGAAGUACUUUUUACACGCAUGAUGCUGAAGGGUAUACUGAUUACCCAAACUUUUCCAAGCAUACUUGA